GGCUGGUCCUGCUAACUAGCCCGACAAAGCCUUUGGGGAGUUGAGCCCGAGUAAAGCAACUAGCUAUUAAAAUCUCCACAGCAGGGAGAUCAGGGGGAAAAAUCUGGGCUAAAGCAAUGAAUGGAAAGGCAAACAGCGAGGAAGGAAUGGCCACCUCUGGGAAGCCUGUGAAGUCAGAGGUCCCAGCCGGCACGGAAGUGUCUUUCUCACCCAGCCCCUCCCCCCCCCCCAUGCAUGUGUGUGGGGAGAUCUAUAUAUCGCCAUAACUGAAUGUGCGCGCGCACAAGGCGGCUCACAAACACAUACAGAUUGUCCCCACACCUGGCUAGAUGGUGUAUAUGUUUAUGUAAAGAUUAAAUGAAUAUAAAAGGUCCGAUUGUUUUGCCUUAGCGUGUUGGUGAACUUUGAUGGGACCUAGUAAAAGCCAGCAUAUUUAUUACGGUGAUGAAUUGCUCCAGGGGGAGUCAUUUCCCUGCCCUCUUGGCCGGAGGUACGGCGCUGGAGUGACAGAGCCGGGGAAAGAGCGACUCCACAAUAGGCACUGUGAGCUCCAGAAGCCCAGGCUGGCCCCGAGCAUUGUGGGUGGUACAAGCAUCCGUCGAGAGCAGCACAUAACUCAGCCCUUCGUGAUGGAUUCCUCUGGAAUGUGGAAAUAACAAAGGUGGGGAGGAGGGGCCAGAGCACAUUAGGAGAGUGUGGUGCAACCGGCCAACGGGCUGAGGAGUUUUUGUGUCAACAGAUUCUGGUCUUCCAAAGCCACACGUGCCUGGUGAAUUUCCUGAUCGAAUCCAGGGCUUCCCUAAAUGGUCCCGCCACAUUUCCCAAACCAGACUCUGUAGGGCGAUUGGCCGAUUGGAUCAAUUAGAAAACAAUUAGCUUUUCACCUUUCUCGUUGCCAAGGGCCAGUAUGGCGGGGGUGGAGGGAGCAGCGAUUUAAGAAAACAUCCAAAAUCUCGGCCCCUUAGUUCCUCCUAGAGCCACGUAGGUUGGAACGUUGGCUUGGGGGGACCCCUGCUAAAGUGUUUAAGCCCGCGGGCCUUUGUUUUUCACCUCAGGACAGCUUGGCCCAUAUUUCAUUUCCUUCUUCAAGCUUACAGGGAUUCUUAAACUUCUGUUAUGGACAGACCUCUUUGGGGAUCUGGUGAAAGCGAUGGAGUCUUUCUCCGAAUCAUAUUUGUAAAUGAAUAAAAUAAAAUGCCCAGGAUUACCGAGGAAACCAAUAACCUUGAAAUACAGUCCUCGCGACCUUAAAAACCCAAGCACAUACGAGUUCAUGGACCCCAGAACUCCUGAGAUUUUAAGUCAAUCUUCUCACUUUACAAAUGAAGAAACUGAGUCACGGAGCAGCGAGAUGGUUGGCCUGAGAUCACAGUUCUAGGUAUGCUGGUAUGUUUCUACACCACCUCAGAAUCUAAGCAGCCAAAGGCACACCAAGUUCCUCAGAAGACUUCUCAUUCUAUAAGAUGCAUCUCUCUCGCCUUGAAACAUUCCUUCAGCGUUGUGGUCCUCUCUUCUAAUUGGAAAACAGAUUGAGACAAAAAGGGGUUGCCUGAGUCAGAAGUUUGGGAGCCAACAGAGUCUGCAACACAGCUUCCUAACCUCCGGACAGAGCUGAAAGCCAAAAUGAAAACCACAGCCGUGCUGGUUUUGCUGAAUUUGCUGCUAGGGGGGCAUGCCAUGUCCACCAGCCGCCUGUCUUGCUACAGAAAGAUUUUAAGAGAUCGCAACUGCCACAACAUUCCCGAAGGAGUGGCAGACCUUAAACAGAUUGAUGGACACCUUCAGGACCACUUCUGGGAUGGAAAAGGAUGUGAGAUGAUCUGUUAUUGCAACUUCAGUGAAUUGCUGUGCUGCCCAAAAGACAUCUUCUUUGGGCCAAAGAUCUCUUUUGUGAUUCCUUGCAACAACCAGUGAGACUCUUCAUAUCUGUCAUAAUGAGUAGAGAGCAGGCUAUGGAGCCAAGAAUACCCAGGUUCGAACCCUGACUAGUUCUUACUAACUGUGAUCUUGAGGAAACGACUUCAUCUUUCAGAGCCCCGGGAGCUUAUCUGUAAAAUGGAGAUAAUAAAGCCUACUUCCUAAUGUUGUCAUGAGAGUCAAAUAAGUUUAAUGCUCUGUAAAACCUUAACGUGCUAUAUGUAUCCUAGACAUAACCCCAACAAUAAUAAUAAUAAAAACCUUUUACUGUAUGACAGGUUGCUUCUA